AUGGCAGACACGGCAGACACGAGUGAGUUGGCCAAAGGCUACACCCUCGUCAACGACACGCAGUACGCAACGGGGCUGUUCCUCCUCGACAAGCUGGCUGUUGUCCCCGGCGAGCGCGUCCUUGACGUCGGCUGCGGACCGGGCAACAUCACUGCCCACAUCGCCGACCUCGUCACCCCUGGCGGCGGCCUCGUCGUCGGCGUCGACCCCAGCCCGGAGCGCAUCGCCCUCGCCCGCAAGCUGGAGCGCCCGAACCUCGAGUUCCACGUCGGCCGCGCCGAGGACCUGUCGCGCUUCGCCGCCGCCAGUUUCGACGUCAUCUACGUCAACUCAACCUUCCACUGGGUCCAGGACCAGCCCGCCGCCGCCGCCGAGUUCGCCCGCGUGCUGCGCCCCGGCGGCCGCCUGGGCAUCUCGGGCGGCUCUGGCGACUUCGUCGCCGCCCACGAGGUCAUCAAGGCCGACGUGCUAGCCCGCCCGCCCUACAGAGAUUACCCGGACCACGGCAGCGGGCCGCGGUUUCUCAAGCGCGCCGAGCUCGAGAGCAUCCUCGGCACUGCGGGCUUCGGUGAGAAGACCAUCGUCGUGAACAAGAUUGUCAAGACCGCCAAGGACGGCUACGCCAUGAUCGACUGGCUGGACACGAGCUCGUCGGGGAAGACCUACGGCGGCAUCCCGCUCGAGAUGCGCCCGCGGGCGCGGGAGGAGAUGAAGCUGGAAUGGGACAAGAUCACCACUGACGAGGGCAUCCGCAUGGACAUGGAACUGCUGGUGACUGUAGCUAUUAGAGACUAA